UAACGCAGCCUGUUUGUUUCCCUCUUUAGGGUUGCUACAUUGACCCCACUCCCGCCUCCUCCCGCAGUCAGACCCGUCCUGACCCGGUGUGAGUUCGUGCGACCCGGACCGCGACAGUCCCGCUCUACCCCGGCUCACCCGGCCCCGUCCAUCGGUUCACAGCCGAGCGGCCUCGGGAGCAGCAGCAUCGACUGAACUCUCCGGACAGGGAGAACAAACCGGUUCCAGGCCCAUUGACGUCACACCCGGAUAUCGGACUGUUUUCCCGGGACCACACUGAUCACCAACCGGUUACGAUAUCAGAGCAGAAACGCCGCUCCCUGAUCCGAGGAAUGUCUGCGUGUCGGAAUCCGUCCUGCGGACGGGCAGCAGCUUGCACACAGAAAGUCGCGCUGUGAGUCUCACAGAACAGCAGCACCGGCUCCUCGCCCGAUUGUCUGGCAUGAAGUUGGAAGAAAACGAGUUGAAAAUAUAUCCACACGGAGACUGAAUAUUCUUAGUGAAUUAAGGGUAUCACCAGAAGGCGGCGCUGUCCUGCACCGGGAUCAGAGUGUAGACAAGACGACGACAAUCAACAACCGUCAGUCAGAAUCAGAAUGGCUACAGGUGGGAAAUUAAAUCGGGUACAGAAAGUACUCAAGAGGCUUUUACCAGGCAGCUCAUCGAGGGAAAAUGAUCGGGAUACGGGAAGCAAGGUUCCAAAGCAGGGUCAGAUUGAGAGCAAUGUCCCAAUGGAAUGCGGUCCGGCCGCAGAGGAGGAGAAGCAAAUUCAGCCCAGAGACAGUGACGUCAGAGACACUGAGCAGGACCCUGGAACCGGCACAAGUGAGGCAACUGCCUGUCAGCCCAGAGACAGUGACGUCAGAGACACUGAGCAGGACCCUGGAACCGGCACAAGUGAGGCGACUGCCUGUCAGCCCAGAGACAGUGACGUCAGAGACACUGAGCAGGACCCUGGAACCGGCACAAGUGAGGCGACUGCCUGUCAGCCCAGAGACAGUGACGUCAGAGACACUGAGCAGGUCCCUGGAACCGGCACAAGUGAGGCGACUGCCUGUCAGCCCAGAGACAGUGACGUCAGAGACACUGAGCAGGACCCUGGAACCGGCACAAGUGAGGCAACUGCCUGUCAGCUCGGAAACUCAUUAAACACGGAAUUGUCGAGUGCCCAACAGGGAGUGGAGUUUACAAUCUCCGACCUCCUGGCAGAGGGGGGCGAGUAUCGACUGUAUCAACUGACAAAGUUCUACAGGGACAGACUCAAACAUGCAAUUGAAGAGAAAGUUGAACGACUCGGUUGGAUGUUGACAAAGGAUGGACAUUUCAGUCGAGAAGAAAAUGAGGUGAGUGUAUUUAGUGUAUUGUCACUGAACUGCUGGUAUCAGAGGGAAUAGUGAUCAAUAUUAAUCUCCUGCACGUUCUAGGAGUUCUACAUGGCAAUGGAGACUUUGAUCUCCGACUUGUCCUCAGUAGAUUUGUUUCAGCUGUUCCGGUGGGGAGCACUGGGAACUGCAGGUUCAGCGUCACCUUUUCGUCUCACACCUGCUGUAUUUAUCAGUGUACCGGACCUCAGUAAGACCUGUGAUGAGGUUCUGCACGGAAGGUGAGUUAGGAAGGU